AACGCGACUGCUCGCGUCGUAUAACGGAACAUUUUUAUUGACGUCACAUCACCAGCUCUGGAACUGGUUAGUUAGCUUAUAAAUUUUGCCAGUCACAAAUGCAGUGCAUCAUUGAGGCAGAAAAACUGUACCUAAAAGACCCAAAAAUCAACCGCGAAGAUGUGAAAAUUCUACAGGAGUGGUUGAAAAAGCAACCACAUUUACCAGAGUUAGAAGAGUCUCAAGUGAUCAUCUUCCUCCACAGUUGCUACUACAGCAUCCAGGCAACCAAAGCCACCAUUGAUAGUUAUUUCACGCGAAGAAGUCUGCACCCACAGCUAUUCUGCUGCCCUCCUCAAGAACUAGUACGAGAGAAUUUUUCUGUAGGCAUCAAAAAAAUCCUCCCGAAAAUGACACCAGAAGGGUACACCAUCCUCUUAACUGGACUGCUUGAUCACAGACCAGAAAAGUAUAACUACAAUAACGAACUGCUUCUGCUGAACUUGGUGUACUGUCUGCACGUACACAAAUACGGUUUUGCAGAAGGGGUGAUUGUGAUAGUCGAUUUGCAAGGGGGUUCGUUGGGACACUUAGCCAGAGUGAAUCUGUCGUCCCAAAAAUGCAUGUUUGAGCAUCUCCAGGAGGGAAUGCCAAUUAGAUUAAAAAGCAUCCAUGUCAUUAACGCAGUUCCGUUCAUGGACAAAGUGAUGGCCUUAGUGAAACCACUAAUGAGCAGUAAAUUAUUCCAGAUGGUACAAAUCCAUUCAACACUCGACUCUUUGUAUGAUUACAUCCCGAGGGAAUGCUUGCCUGUGGAUUACGGUGGGGAGGGUCCUUCCAGACAGGCGAUGCAAGAGGAGAUGAUAGAUGAUAUUUUUCACAACGUGAAUUUUUUCAAUUGGCACGAUUUACAGACUGUUGAUGAGUCGAAGAGAGUUGAGAAGUCGAAUAUCGGGGGGUCGAAUUUUGGUGCGGAAGGAACCUUCAAGAAGCUUGAAAUUGAUUGAAUAACUAAAUUAAACAGGUGUGAUUUUGUGUAGGUGUCUUAAUUGUAAAUAAAAAUGGGAACAUUU